UUAAUUUCAAGCAUUUUUAUCGAUUAUAACAUUAAAAGAAUAAUUGAUUACAUUAUCUAAUUAAAAUGAGAGUGUUUGCUCUUCAGUCGAAAAAGAUGUCAAUUGUGAAACAACCUUUUAAGUGUUGUGAUUUACGGCAAGAUUAAAUUGAAAACUAAAAUGAAGUAAAAAGUCGUGUCUGUUAUGGUGAACAACAAAGUAAUUUACUAAAGUUGUGUGGAAUAUAAAACGGAACAUACAAAGGAAUGCUUUCUCAUAAACAUGCAGAAACCAUUACGAGAGCUGGGCCUAAAGCGUUUAUGGACAGCAGUCAAGUCAACAAACGAUAACAGCGCAGGACUACAGGACGAACAGGGUUUAGAAUCUAGUACAGAAGAAGCGAAACCAGGUCCUAACUGCUCACUUCCUUUAUUGCAGGUUUGGCCGAGUGCUGAUUCUCCUCGGGGUGAAGCAGACGGACAAAGUUUUAUUUUCCCAGCUUGCGCCGAGGAUGCUACUUCUCAACACUCCACCUGCUUCGACAUCAAUCAUCACAAUGAUUCUGGCAUUGAAUCCACACAGGUUUCACCCUCACCAAUCCCAUGUGCCUCAUCAUCUCCCAUCAAUUCACCCACCCCCAGUAUACGACGACCAAGCAGCGCUCUCCUCCAUCCCGACCACGCCAGACUCCUCCGUCUCUACCCCAUGUCAUCCCCUGAACAAACCUCAUUGGAGGACGUCUCCGAUUCCCACAACCACGUGAUAUCGGCUUCCUCUUCAACCACGUCGUCGUUAACCUCCGUCGCCGCCGCCGUUUCAGGUGGUUGCGGCUCUCGAACCAGCGAUUCUGUUGACAGCCGAAGAAGAUCCUCCACCAUGACGGCUCGCUACUCUCUCUUCGACGCCCUUGACCUCGAAUAUGCACUCUUGAGGGCGGCUGCGAGAGGCAGUGUCGGCCCUUACUCCCUUAGCGAGAGCCUUCAUAAGCUCACCUUCACACAGAGCCUCGCUUUUCCCGCACUGGCUCGAGGACUAACCGGUAAAAGAAGGCGCUCCCAACAAAAUAACAACACUCGGCCAUUAGAUCCGUCUGAAAGCGGACUGAACGCCUUCGCCAAAGUAGUGACAGCGCUCGUCCUCGUACUUGUUAGUGUUUUAGUGUUUGCCGUUGUUUACAAGUUUGUGAAGACGUGAGGAUUACUUUUGGCUCCUGGAGGAGCAAGAAACGCAAGGUUCACUUUGGCGAGAAACACGUCUGGCUCGUCGGGAUAUCGGAAUGCUGGCGAUGUUACGUGAAAGUGAGGGCCCGCCAGGAAUAUUUGUUCAAACAUAUGAAACUGUGUAGUUUCAAAAGGAAUUGAUCGUAGUUAUGUAGAAUAGGAAGAGGCUUAAAGCAUAUGAAAAGUCUAUGAAUUAUUUAUGAUAAAUAGUCCGAUAUGACGCUUCGUCAUAUGAUCGAAUGCUUUUUACAAUAUUGAAAAUUAAAAGAGAAUUUAUGUUUAGGAUUUUGUUCAACUCCAAAGAGUUUUUGAAAUUUUUGUAAGAUUUGUGUAUUGUCAUUCAGCUGUUCAUAAAUUUAUCAAUCGGUGGUGAAACUAUACUAUAUAUAUGUAAUGUAACUUAGAAAUAUUACGAAAAUGUGUAAGUUAAAUUAAAUUAUUAAGAGGUCUGUUUGAGAAGGCAUUGGUGCAUUGUGCCUUAAUACAAAUAACACAAAUUGAACUUUUCAGCUAGAACUAAAUUAUUUACAAACGAAAUGUUGAUUUUAUCCUUGAACUUUAAACAAUUUAUUAGAUACUCGUAAUGUCAUCAUCAGACCCUUUCAGUUUCCGAUGUUGAACAUUUCCAAAAAAUUAUACUUACUUCGAGACGAUGCCAUAACAUGGUAGCAUACAGAAAACAAACAGAGCCGCAUAUUUAUUGCGUUCGAAAUGCUUUAUUUGACUCCAAAUUAAUUAAUUUUUAAUAAUCAAUAUAAAUCAAAAAUAUGAUCUUUUUUUGUUUAUGAUUGCUUCCAUUGUUUAUUAGACUCCACCAUCCUCUAUUGUUAUGUUAUAUUUCCUGAAACUCCUAAUGAAUGAAUGGCUGAAUGAAUAGGAUGUCACUUUGCACAUUUUGAGAAAUAAAUUUACUUAAUAAGUCCAUUAUUUUGUAUGUAUAUUCAUUUAAAAAUUCUUUUAUUAGUGAACUGUGGUUGCAAAUUAGCUUACUUCUAAUGAUUAAUAAGUAACAGAGAAAAUUUGGCCUUAUAAUGAAUAAAUCCAAUUAUUGUUAGGUAAAGUAAAAUUAUCUCUAUCUGUCCACUUUGUAAUGUAUUUUUUGUCGCACGUUUUGUAACAAAAUUUGAUUUGGACAUCAUUUCGCAUUUAAAAUAUUUUACCUCUAUAGUUAAUUUGUGUGUUUAAAAGAGCAGAAAUUGCAUUAUUGAUAUUACGUUUAAUACUCGUAGUGGAUAGAUAAUUGUAAAAUUACUUGUGCUUUCCUGUACAACAUGCUACAGUUUGUAUCAUUGUUUGGAACAUAUUAUACGUAUUAUUUAGGGAACAACCCCCAGAACUCUUUUAAAGUUUUUUUCGGACACUGUAUAAUUUAAAACUGCGUAAACCUAUUCCUGCUUGCUUUUAAUUAACACGUUUUAAUCUUUUCUAUUUUUAAUGUGCUUUAAUUAAAGACUAAUGAUUCAUCCUCAAAUUCUUUUACGUUUCCGCUACAAGCUUAAUAAACCUCACUUUAUUUAAGUUAACGAGAAGUAAAUAUUUAGCGGUUAAACGGCCUUGACUUUAGAAAUUGCCAAUGUUCAUUUGUAUCCUUCUUUAGAAUAAUAUUUUUCAAUAACAGAAAGUCCAAGGUUUACUUGUAAAAUCUAAAUACUUAUUAUACCUGUUGUUUAAUAACUUCCAUAGAAGGAAGCAAGAGUUGUGGGAAACAUGGUUUUAUAUUUUAUAUAAAAAUAUUUUAAGUACGAGUAUGUUCAUUUUUUUAUUUAGAAAUGAAGUAACCUUGUGAUUACAAUGGCUUUAUAUUUUUAUAAAGUAAUGUUACACUCCUUGGUAUAUAUCAUUUUAAAAUACUCUGUUAGAUGAAUAAAAUAAUCUUCUAUUAAUUACAGAAAUAAGUAUAUAAUAUACAAACUGCGACAUUUUUUUAACUCUAAACAUAUUUUCUACGUUCAGUUUAAAAGAUCAAUGCAUUUUCUAUUUUACAAUGCAAGCAAUUGAUUAACUAUGGACUAUGUUUAGAGGUAAAAGAAAUGUCCAGGUAUAAUAAUAUAACAUAAAAAAAAUAUAUUAAUUAAGGGUUUUAAUAGUAAAAAGUUUUUCGAAUGGCCUAAAUUUUUAUAUCAGUGUAUUAAAAAUGGCAACGUCAACAGUGUAUGUACUGUAAAACUUUCUACAACGGAGCAAUUUUGUAAUAAAUUAUAUAUAUACCCAUGUAUUAUUAAUUAUAUAACUUUUAUAUUUGAUGCUUCCAAAAUAUAUAAAUCUCGUUACAUUCGAAACGGAAAUGUGUUGUUAUUAGAGUUGGUGUUUUGGAAUUGGUUCAGAAUUAUACUAAUCAAUCAUCAAUAUCUUUUUUCAAGGUCCGAUUGGCACUUAAACGUAAACAAAUGGUAGUAUAAGAAAAACCCAAAGGUAGUGGCAAUUUAUACUACUUUGUUUAUAGUAGUUAUUUUUGUAUUAAGUGUGCUAAAUGGUUGUUUUUAACGCUAUCUGUAUAAGACUGAAGGUCAAGACAAAAAAUCACUACAAUAUUUAAUACAGUUAUUUAAACUACUUCAAAAUUUACUUGUCAUGUUUCUGUCAGUGCGUGAAAUACCGUCAGUGGGUGAAAUGAGUAUUUGAAGCACUGUUAUGAAUUUUGUGCCCUUAACAAAAAAUGCCUAACUUUGGGUGUUAUAGAAUUUUUUAAUUUUUUAUAUUACGAGAUGUUUACAUUUGGGAACCAAUCGGAUAUAAUUAUUAUUUUGUAUAUUUUUAUAAAAAUUAAAAUUCACUUUAACUGAUAAUUGUAUUUUCAAAAUACAAAUAAUAACUUACAUAAGCAUGUGUACUUAUAUAUUUAGAUAAGGCAAUUGAAAGAAAUAUUUAUUCUUGUUACAUGACAAUCAAUUAUUAUUACAUGUUAUACCUACUGUAUUCUGCACAAACAAUAAAAUAGAAUAAA